UGUCACCGCGCCGGCCUCUCUCCAGCUGCUUCUUUCUUUUUAUUUCUCUCUCUCCAUGUCAAAAUUCAAACCAGCAAAGGUCAACUCACCUCGGGGGUUGACCUCCCACGCUUACCUAUAAAUACACGCAGUCCGUGCAGAUCCAAGGUCAGCAGGCCGUGCCGGUGCCACCUCGAGAACGCAGGUCGCGAGCUUUGAAGCCAUCUCAGGACAGGAGGGAGGACGAGGCGUCGAGGCUACGUCCAGUCCAGGAGGGUCGGCAGAAGAGCGCCGGGGACAGCGCGCGCCAUGAGGCGUGCGGAGCGGGGCGACGAGCCGGAGGCGGAGCGGCGGCGCGGGUACAAGGGCGUGCGGCGGCGGCGGUGGGGCAAGUGGGUGUCGGAGAUCCGGGUGCCCGGCACGCGGGAGCGCCUGUGGCUCGGCUCCUACGCCACGCCCGAGGCCGCCGCCGUCGCGCACGACACCGCCGUCUACUUCCUCCGCGGCGGGGCCGGCACGGGCGCCGCCGCCGGCGACGUCGCGGUGCUCAACUUCCCCGAGCGCGCGGCGGCCGCGUACGGCGCGGGCGUCGGCGGCGCCGGGUCCCGGUCCGGGGCCGGCGCAGGCCGGCUGUCGCCGCGGUCCGUGCAGCGCGUGGCGUCGGACGCCGGCAUGGCCGCCGACGCGCAGCUCGUGGCGGCGUGGGACGGCGCGCCCGCGCACAGGCACGCGGACCGCACCGGCAUUGGCAGCGCGCAAGGCGGCGGCGCGAUCGCCCGGCCCCGCGAUCAGGACGCUGGCGCGUACACGAGCCGCGCGCGUGCUAACAGUGCGGGCGCGAGCAGGGAGCAGCAGCCUGUCUCCGGCGAGAUUAGCGUGGAUGACAUAGAGAUUCUCGUGUAAUAACUAGUCAAAAUAAAGAUAGAACUGAAAUUAACCGCGCAAUGAAUAAUUUUUUUGGCACGUACAGUGCCAUUGCCAAAUCCAAAUGCAAGAAUAAACCAGAUGGUGAAAGGAGAAAGACGCAUUUCAAA